AUGAAACAAACGCGCAGUCGGAUGAACCUGGAGCUACCCAAAAAAUUCAGUGUAUUCUGCAGAACGCGUCCUGACUUUUUUCUGAACCAUAAUUACGGGCUUUUGAGCCAAAGGCCUUGGCAGAGGAUCCUAAUCCUCCUCCUACCUAGAUCUGGGCGCUCUUGCGGUAUUCCGGCCCGCUUACCGCUGCGUACGACAACUAACAAUGCUCUCGUGCUACAUCGGCCGUCACGUGGAUUCACCAUCCGGGUCCCCUUUGAUGCAUACAAAAAAUUGUUCAGCUAUAGCGCCCUUUCGGUGCCUAGUUGUCAUGCUACCCGAAGGUCGCGCGAGGGCUGGGAUACUGCCAGGUUGCCCAAGCCUAGACAGGGGAAAUCGAGAGGCAGAGGUGGGGUUCGAACCACGGGCCUUCGGUCAGUGCAGCUUCUGUGUCUUACGUCAGCAACAGCCCUAAACACUUCGAAUUACACUUUCAAACACCAACCGCCGGCUUAUUUGGUUUCCUUUAACGUUCCCACACGGAAGCAAGCAUUGCAACAAGUAGCUUUUACUCAUACACUGGAUUCCGUCUGCAUAACAUAUGCUGUCUGCCAGAAACAAGGAUACGGAUCGCAAGUACUCUAUUUUGCUGGACAUUACGGAACUGUUUUGGUCUUUGAUGAUGUCAAUGACAAAAGGCUUCUGUGCACCUAUCGAACGAAACAAAUGGAAUUCCCGGUGGACGUUUCCAACAUUUUCGUUUCUUCCAUUUCCGGGUUUUCGGGUCCACUAAACUUCUCACCCUGUACGAACGCCCAGUUUUACCAUGGUCAGGUGACGCAUCGAGUUGGGUUGUGGUUGCGAAUAGAAAAUAUCUGUCGCCCGAUCUUCAGCAAAGCCACGGUCUUACCAGAGAUCCAGCGCUUGGGUGAGGUUUGUCCAUACAUUCUGCAGGGUGUACCACGAGCAGACCGUAUAUCUAACACUAACGCAAUGUGUAAUGAUAUCGAGGUCCCUAUCGAGGUGCUUACUUCAACUGUCAAAACGCUACGUCGUGAGGAUAGUAGCCGUACGGCACUCCUUCAACAGGCUUUCUAUAACGUGGAAGCUGAAUACCCAGGUUUUUCGACCUACUUCACCUCGGGGCUCUUACAUCGCCUCGGGUUCUUUGAUGAUGCUAGUACAGCAGAAUCAGUGCUACGACUGUGCGUUCUAGAGGAACCCACAACUCAUCAGGUUCCCAUCCCAUACCACAGUUUGAGGUGCUUUCUUACCAAUGCCCUUUCGCUGAGGAGCACGCUAGUUCGAAUACCUGAGACGAUAAAGGAACGCCAAGCGUUUAUCGUCAUAAUCAGAGAUGUGGCUACCACGCUGCGAAAGUUCCUUGAUUCGAGCUCUGUUAUAUUUUCCGUGCUUGAAGAAGUCCAACGGAGUGCGCUCAAAGAACUUUUCAGGGAACUCAUGGUUCUCUGUCGUGAAUUCAGCAGUCAUUUGAAGAUUUACUUUACUACCGAAGACCACCUUGUCGAGGAACCGCUAUCGGAACAAUACCAUGAGAAAAACAAUUUCGCGGUGAACUCAUUUCGUGCGCCGCAGAACAUGAGACAAAGGGUAGAACACUCAGAAUAA